AUGGAAAAAGCAGAUUUAAUCGGUCAUCAAGGAGCAGUAACACCAGCAAAAACAAUAAUAUCAAAAACAAAAGCAAUGACAAAGCGUCGUAGCAGUCAACCGGACAUUCGUAGCCGGACUGACAGUCAAUCCAGUUUAAUGCGUCGGAAGAGUAUUACGGAAAUGUAUCCGAGACCUUCUGUUUUUGGAGGGCAUGAUUUGUUGCUCGAUCCUCUUUACACUGUUCAACCUCUGCAAGUGGGAAAUCAUCCCGAGAGUCCUAUACAUAAUGUUCGGGAGCUUUUGGAAGCACAUUUAGGGGAAACUCCGUUAAUUUAUACCGAAAUGUUGGAUUUGAAUAAGGAUGAUAAUGCCAGAAAACAAUGGAAACAAGUAGCCAGAUGGAUCAAGUAUGAACAAACAAUUGAAGGUGACGGUACACGAUUUUCCAAACCACACAUCACGCUUCUAUCCAUAAUUGGUUUGAUACAACUCAAGAAUUGUCUUCGUAAAGGAGUCAUUAUGUUGGACGUUGAAGCACAUUCAUUUAACGAAGUUGCAGAUGUGAAAAGUGUUAUGAAGAAGCUACCGAGUGAAAGUGCCGAGAAUGAUGUGCAGGAAGAAAAUAUUCUUGAUUUAACAUCUAAAGAAAUGAAGAAAUUAACAGAGGGCACAGAAGGAGCGGUUGUUAUGGCUGGAAUUUUUAACGGCAUUGAUAGGCCGGUAUGCGCAUUUCUUCGACUUGACAAGGCUAAGGUUUUUUUUCCGGAAAUGCCGAAUGUGCCGCUACCUUUAAGAUUUGUAUUUGUCUUACUCAAUCCUCAUGAUCAUUAUGACAAUGAAACGCGUGGGAUUGGUAGAACUGUUGGUGCAUUGCUUUCUGAUGAGAUAUUUAAGAAGGUAGCGAUAUGUUCACUUGAACCGUAUACAAUAGCUGAUGCAGUUGAAGAAUUUUUUGCGCAAGUAGUUGUUAUACCACCUGGAAAUUGUAGUACUGAAACACGAUGGGAACCGAAUGCUAAUUCAGAUCAGGUAGCUCGGUCGGUCGGAAUGCUUUAUGCUUCAUAUGAUGAUCCAUUUGAUGGUGAACCAAUUCUGGAUGGUAAAAAGGACAUACACACUGAUAUCGUGCGUAGCGGUCGCUUAUUUGGUGGUUUGUGUAAUGACAUCAAACGUAAAGCACCAUAUUUCGUAUCCGACUUCACCGAUUUCUUUCACGGCCGAUGGAGUCAGUCUUUUGCAGCAGUUAUAUUUUUAUUUUUCGCAAAUAUUACAUCGAUUAUCACAUUUGGUGCAGUGAUGGAACGAGCACUGCAUCAUCAAGUUGUACGAACAUUCUUUACAUUAAUUUUAGAAUCACUAAAUGAUCUGAAUGAUUUGAAUAAUGAGAAUAGAACAAAUGGUUGGGAAUUUUUACCAUUUCGAUUUUGGGUUGGUGUAUGGAUUGGUGUGGUACUGCUUAUUUUGGUUGCAACCGACAUGUCCGCUCUUGUUGGUCUAAUUACCAGGUUUACCGAAGAAGCAUUUGCAGCAUUGAUAUCAAUUGUUUUUAUAAUUCAAUCUUUCGAAAAACUUAUUGAAAUCAGUCAUGAUGCACCAAUCAUUGUUGAUCCCAAAAAAGUAUUCGAUUCACCAUGCGUUUGUUAUCUCAACAAUCCAAUGAUUCUUUCAAAUAACUUUACCAUACGACCAAGAAUAGUGGAUAUCGAUGCUGAAGAAUGUAGUCGACGUGGAGGUGAAUCGUUUGGGUUACAAUGUCACUUUAAACCAGAUGUUUACAUGCUAUCUAUUCUGCUAACCUUUGGUACUUUCGCAUUGGCUUAUGGCUUAAACAUUUUCAGAAGAACACAUUUUUUAAAUUCCAUGGUUCGCAAUAGCAUAUCGGAUUUCGGUGUUCUCAUUGCUAUUAUUGUGAUGACAGCUGUUUCGAAAUUUAUAGGUCUUGAACUACCUGUGCUCAAUAUUCCUGCCAAUUUCCGACCAACAAUCGACCGUCCAUGGCUUAUCAAUCCAUUAUCAGUAGAUUGGUAUGUUGCUUUAUUGGCUAUAUUACCAGCUAUAUUUUACACAAUUCUGAUUGUCAUGGAUCAACAAAUCACUGCUGUUAUUAUCAACCGAAAAGAUAAUAAACUGAGGAAAGAUUUUGGUUAUCACUUGGAUUUGUUGGUGAUUGCAUCAUUGAUAGUUAUUUGCGGUUCGCUUGGAUUGCCGUUUUACGUGGCCGGAACAGUGCUAUCAGUGAUGCACGUGGAUUCGCUUCGUCUGCAGUCCGAGACAUCAGCUCCCGGUGAAAAGGCACAGUUUCUUGGUAUUAAAGAACAACGUUUGACAGCAAUAAUAGCUCAUCUGCUUAUUGGUUUCUCAGUUUUGAUAACACCUGUUAUUAAGUUAGUGCCUCUUCCGGUACUUAUUGGAAUAUUUUUAUAUAUGGGUGUUGUUUCGAUGCUCGGUUUGCAAUUUAUCCAAAGAAUCGCAAUGCUUUUUAUGCCUAUUAAAUAUCAGCCUGAUUAUGUAUGGCUAAGAUUGGUUCGUAUAAAACGUGUCCAUCUGUUUACUUUUUUUCAAAUUCUCAGUAUUGUUGGUUUAUUUGCUGUGAAAUAUACAAAAACAUUCUCAAUGCUGUUCCCGUUGAUGCUGGUCCUCAUGGUAAUUAUUAGGAUGUUUUUUAUGGAAAAAGUUUUCACGAAGCAGGAGCUACUUGCCUUGGAUGAUCCUCUGCCUUCAUUCCAUUCCGUUAUUAGCCCGAUGGGACAAUCUGCAAAAAAUAAAAAAGGAACUGUUGGUGAUGAGGAAUUGGAAAAUCCGAGAGAAAUGGAGGAAGGAAAGAAAAAGUUCGGUGACGAUCACUGA